AGCCGCUGUUAGUGUGUAACAGUAUGCUUUUUUUUCCAAUGAAGUAACUACACAAUAAAAGCGUUGUCGUUUCAGUAUGUCCUAAAAGGCCCUCCGUGACGCAUUAUCGAAUUAUUUAGCAUUAGCGUGAGGAUAAAAGAAAUGUAUGCACCAAAAGAAAGGAGCUUUGAGCUUUUCCCAGGUUGCCAGGUGUAUUGACUAGUAGUUAGCUUGCUAGCUUUGCAUGCUAGCUAAGCUACAAAUAUGACAUUCUUUGUUAGCUAGCCGGCUAAUUUCUGUGGACCUUAUUAAAUUUAAGUUUGUUGAAAUUUCACGUCACCGGAAGGACUAUUUUUUUCAUUUGUGUCGUGAAUAAUAUUCGAAACAGGGAACGUUUUCUUUUUUUUCCUGAAUGUGAGCAUCAUAAACAAUGAGGAACAAAGAUGAGCCCGACAUUCUUGCUGUUUGUACCGUGCCUGAAACUCCUGAGGCCAAACGUCCGUCGAAACCCGAUGUCCUCAAAGCCUCCGAUCCUGUCCUGGUGGACUCGUCCUCUGAUUCAGAUGUGGAGAUGUCGGGGAGCUCUAUGAUCUCAAUAGGGAUGAGGAAAGCUGCUGCGACUUCAACUCUGGACAUGAUCUCGAUCUCUGAUGAAGACAAUGAGGCAAUAGAGGUGAAGAUGGAAGGACGGGAACAGUGGACGGAGACUAAACAUGAACAUCCUUCAUCCUUGAAGGCAUCUGGAAAUGGAGAUACAGUGUGUAAAAGGAGGCAAGAGGAGAUGUGUGACAAUUCCCAGGAGAGCAACAAGAGCAGCAAGAAGAGGCGUGAGUCACUGACCGAUGAUUCGGCAGAUGAGGGACCUGAGCCCAGCUGGAGGGAGCAGGAGAACAUGGUGAAGAAGCUACAGCGUAAUUUCCCUCACCUCAACAAGGAGGAGCUCAGGGACGUGCUUCAUGAACACAGCUGGAUCAUCGAGGACGCCCUGGAGGCACUCCGCAUGUUCUCGGAGCAUGUGGUGGAGUUCAGCAGCGAUGACUCUGACUCCGAACCCCCUACAUCCCCCGAACACACAAUCGCAAAUCCGACUCCGAACCCCAGCACGUCUGCAACACAGCCGAUACCCAAUAGACCCCUAAAUGGUCUGUUGGACACGCAGACGAGCAGGAGACAGCACGCAAGAAGAAUCCAGCAGCAUGACACUAGCUCAGAAGAUGACAUCAGCGACUUUGAGGCAUCGCCCAGACCCUUAGACUUGGACUCGGAUACAGACGAGGCCGAUGAGAAGCUUCCCAGACUCAAGGCUCAGAUUCUGGACUUCUUCCAGAAGGCCACGGUUGACGAGCUGACGCUGAUCGCUGGCUGCUCUCUGAAGAAGGCUCAGAAGAUCAUUGAGCUGAGACCAUAUCAAACAUGGACCAGUCUAGACAAUGUCCUACACCGAGGUAAUGGCCUCUCUGUGGCGCUGCUCACCGGGUGUCGAGAGGUCUUGAGGGAGCGAGAGGUGGUACAGGGGCUCAUGGUCAAGUGUGAGGAAAUUUCCAGAAGGAUGGCCGAAUUGGUGCAGAAGGGUCUAGGAUCUAUGAGGCAGCCUCCAAUCCUUAACAGCACGUUCGAGCUGAAACCGUACCAGUUGAUUGGCCUUAGCUGGCUGACUGUGCUUCACAAGAACCAGCUGAGUGGGAUCCUGGCAGAUGAGAUGGGUUUAGGAAAGACCAUCCAAGUGAUCUCGUUUCUGGCACACUUGUAUCAGGAGGGGAACCUAGGGCCGCAUCUGAUCACUGUGCCUUCAUCCACGCUCGAUAACUGGGUUCGAGAGCUUAACCUCUGGUGCCCGAGUUUAAAAGUGCUGGUUUACUACGGAUCUGUGGAGGAUCGGAAGUGCAUCCGCUACGAGAUCCUGAACGAAGAGGUGGACUAUAACAUCAUCGUCUCAACAUACAACCUGGCCAUUGGGAACUCCAGCGAUCGGAGCCUGUUCCGUAAACUCAAGCUGGAAUAUGCCGUGUUUGAUGAAGGACACAUGCUGAAGAACAUGAGCUCGCUGCGCUAUCGCCACCUCAUGGGCAUUAAUGCCAAAUAUCGGCUGCUGUUGACCGGAACACCGCUGCAGAAUAACCUGCUGGAGCUGAUGUCUCUGCUGAACUUCAUCAUGCCCAACAUGUUCUCCAACAGCACGUCACAGAUCGCCAAGAUGUUCUCCAUGAAAUCCUCAGAGGAGCAGAGCAGCUUUGAGAAGGACCGGAUUGCUCACGCCAAACUCAUUAUGAAACCCUUCAUCCUGCGGCGUAUCAAAAGCGAGGUCCUGAAGCAGCUGCCUGCCAAGGAGGAACAGAUCGAGUUCUGUGCCAUGAGCGAGAAACAGCAGCAGCUUUAUGACGCACUGUUCAGCAAGCUAAAGAGCUCCAGCAACACCGAGAAACGGGAACUGACCAAUGUCAUGAUGCAGCUGAGGAAGAUGGCCAAUCACCCACUACUGCACCGCCAGUAUUACUCCAGUGUACGCCUGUCCGCCAUGAGCAGCCUCAUGCUCAAGGAGCCGAGUCACCGCGACUCCGACCCGGUUCUGAUCGAGCAGGACAUGGCGGUGAUGUCAGACUUCGAGCUGCACCGUCUGUGCCAGCAGUACCAUAUGCUACAGGAGCAUCAGCUGACCACAGAGCAGCUGCUGGACUCUGGGAAGCUCCACCUCCUCACACGCCUUCUAACGGACCUCAAAGAACAGGGUCACCGAGUGGCCUUGUUCAGCCAGUUCACCAUGAUGCUGGACAUCCUGGAGGUGCUGCUCAAACACCACAAGCACAGGUACAUCCGAAUGGACGGCUCCACACCCAUAGGUGACAGGAUCGUGCUGAUCGACCAGUUCAAUACUGACCGGGACAUCUUUGUGUUCCUGCUGUCCACUCGAGCCGGAGGACUCGGCAUCAACCUGACCUCCGCUAACAUCGUCAUCCUGCACGACAUCGACUGCAAUCCGUACAACGACAAGCAGGCAGAGGACCGGUGUCACCGUGUCGGUCAAACCAGGAAUGUGAAGGUGAUCAAGCUCAUAAGCAAAGAUACAAUCGAGGACGACAUGCUCCGUAUCGGCCAGAGGAAACUCAAACUAGAGCAGGACAUGACAGCCACUGAGGAAGGUGACGAGGACACCAUUCCUGAUGACAUGGCCUCCCUUCUGAAAGCUUCACUGGGACUGUGAGAGGAAGGAGAAGAAGAAUAACACUGGAUCAUCAGCGUGCGUCUGUGAGAGUGUCUGUUGCAUUUUGUCUGAAGUACUGUAACACAAGUCUGACUGACUUACCAUUAAAAAUGUGCACUGGC